GCGUCUUCACAGCCGGGUGUCCACUGCGCAUGCGUGAGAAGCUCUGCAGUUUGUGAAUGUCCCCGUAGUCUUCUGGGACCUGUCACGUGUCUGCGGUCUCUGGUCAUUUCUUGUACAUCUGCAGUCUCUGGUCAUCUCCUGUACUAUGUCCGCAGUCUCUGGUCAUCUCCUGUACUGUGUCCGCAGUCUCUGGUCAUCUCCUGUACUGUGUCCGCAGUCUCUGGUCAUCUCCUGUACUGUGUCCGCAGUCUCUGGUCAUCUCCUGUACUGUGUCCGCAGUCUCUGGUCAUCUCCUGUACUGUGUCCGCAGUCUCUGGUCAUCUCCUGUACUGUGUCCGCAGUCUCUGGUCAUCUCCUGUACUGUGUCCGCGGUCUCUGGUCAUCUCGUGUACUGUGUCCGCAGUCUCUGGUCAUCUCGUGUACUGUGUCCGCAGUCUCUGGUCAUCUCGUGUACUGUGUCCGCAGACUCUGGUCAUCUCGUGUACUGUGUCCGCAGUCUCUGGUCAUCUCGUGUACUGUGUCCGCAGUCUCUGGUCAUCUCGUGUACUGUGUCCGCAGUCUCUGGUCAUCUCGUGUGCUGUGUCCUCAGUCUCUGGUCAUCUCGUGUGCUGUGUCCUCAGUCUCUGCUCAUCUCGUGUGCUGUGUCCUCAGUCUCUGCUCAUCUCGUGUGCUGUGUCCGCAGUCUCUGGUCAUCUCGUG